UAUUAACAGAUGUUGCAUAGUUUACGACCCUAUGUGGUUGCCUAUCUAACAUAACAGUUAAAGAUCACGAUCUCUAAAGAAUUUUCCGCUUCGUAAUCAGAGUAAACGCGUCUUUCAAAUUGUAUGUACCGUCGUUCAACUUAUGCACACGAUGUGAACGAGAGAUUUAUCAUUUCUCAUUUACUUACUUUCCUUGAGUGACAAAUGUACACAACACGAUGGAAAUAAAUAUUCAGUGUUUAUUUUUCUUUUUACAUUUCGUAAACUCUACGAAAAUGUUCUACAAUGAUUUGAAUGUCAAUGACAUUUUAAGUACGGAUCUGAUGCCUACAUCGUUUUUAAUAAGCGGAGAUUUAAGCAAGAAAAAAACAAGUGAAAGUAUCGAGAGUAGAAUAAAUGAAGAUGGAAUAGAUUUGUCCAGUGGCGAAGAAAAUUCAAUGAAUCUUCCCAUUGCGAAUGGAUCAAUCGACUCUGCGUUGUCUACACUGACUUUUCACAGACAAAUGAUGAAUGAAUACCACUGCCGAAAUUAUGUGGCAGAGCAAAUAUUGGAAGAAAUGGGGAAAAACACAUUUCAGAGUCGAGUUGGGACACCUUUGGAGCCGAGCGUUCCUUAUGAUUCCCUGACAAAGCGAUCGCAGGAUCUCAGAAACAACGUCUUGUAUGACAUUGGUUCCGCAAAUUACCAAGAAUGGUUAAACAAAAUCGCAGCAAUGAACGCAAAUUACCGCCAGUUUCAGUCGUUGCCCGGCAGUACGGAAACUAUAAAUUCUUCCAUUUUAGGAAACGAUACAAUCCAGUUACCGCGUGAAAGAUAUCAGGUAUACGAGCCAGGGGAUGCUGAACAAGAUGUUUAUCCUGAAGUGUCUAAAUACAGUGGUGGCUAUGAAUACUCCAUGCCGCCUCCACCACCACCUUUGUUCCAACACCCAACUUCACAAGAACACGAGCAGUACGUAGUCGAGAAAGAUCCACAAGGUCUGGGCAUUUCGGAGCUCUUCGACAUAUCCCUCACUGGGAUAGCAUUUUUAUCGUUUGGAAUGUUCGUGUUGCAGGUGCUCAUGUGUAUAACUAUGCACCCACAGCAAGCCCAAGUCAUGCAAAUGGUAGACAACGGAGACAGCUUAAAUGUGGACGAUGUGUUUCGAUUUAAACGGGAGGCGGAGUCUAACCGGAGCUCUAUUUCAACGAUGAAUUCGCUCGCACGUUACGCUCUCAUCGCUUUGAAACCGCUCUCAAAGCAGUGUUUGUACCGAGUGCUGUGUAUCGGCAACAAACGAGCCAGGGGACUCACAGACAACGGCCGCUUUUUGCUGCCAGUGUGGCAUGCAGGUGUGGCGUGGGCUCGUGGAGGUUCCCUGGGUGCUUUGAAAGCCGCAGCGCUGGGUCUUGGAGGCGCGAACUGCGAUCUCAUCUACUCGCCGACUAACUGCUAGCAACUAGUAACGUAAUUUUUAUGUAUCUCAAUUCAUAUUUUUGUAAAAAUUGCAUAAAGAUGAAGAUGUAAUUAUUUAGCAAUUCUCUAGGUUUGGUAGCAUGACAAGGAUAAAGUGACAUAUUGAAUGCCAAAAUUUUGGUAAAAAAAUCUAAUGGUACUAUUGUUUAUCUGGUUUGUACUUUUCAUUUCGUGAAACAACUCUAUAAAUUGAAAUACAUAUGUAGGUGAGUAAAUUACACAUUUUAAUAUGUAUAUUAUUUAUUGGACAUUAUUUACCGCAAGUUAUCAAGAUAUGGACGUAUAUGUUAUGUGUACGUACCUCUAACGUUAUUUACAAUAUUUAUUACUUAAAUAAUAUUUCAUACCUAAUAAUAAAUCAGAAUCAAAAUGAUUAAAUAUUUUUUUAUCUCACGCUUAAUAUCAACAUUGACCUCAUCAUCAUCAGCCUAUUAGUGUUCCCACUGCAGGGGCAUAAUUAGGUUUUCCCUAUGGUUGGCUGGAAAAGGGAGACUGGACCGUCCCGUGACCCAGUGCGGAUUUGUGGGUGCUAACGACUGCAGAUG